AGGCAGCUGACGAGUGCGCUAGUUCACAGAAGGAGCUUAGCGCCGGCUAAGAUCGUCACUAGUCUAGCAAACUAGCAGCACAACACAAACUCGUUUCGGGUCUGGUAAAGAAACUGACGCAAGUCCGGGUUGGCGACGGCAGUUUGCCUCCAUAGCGCCUGGUAAAUGAUGCAUUCGCAGUCUUCGAACACGAUAGAAGAGUGUGGAAAGCGUUUGAAUAAAGUCACAGAGCUGCAGACGCGGUGCUGUUUAAAGCAAAUGCAACACAGUGUUUCGGCAACUUGGUUAGCACAGAAUGUCACGACUAUCGUGACCGGGUUUAUGACUUUGUUGUAGUUGCCGUGCGGUGUCUCGCGUUUACGACACAGCGUCAGUCCUUGAACGCAACGCCGCUCUGUUUGUAGAUGGUACCUCCGCUGCAUCAACCGGGGCCCCUGGGGAGUCAGGGGCCCUAAAGGUCACAGAUCCACCUCUUCUCCUUCCGUCCCUGCGCCUCUUCAUCCCUCCUCUGCGUCUGGUGUCUGCAGCCAUGUGGCAGGUCCUCCAAAGAGGCAAUGUGCAGGACUAUGGGCUGGUGGAGGAGUUCGUCUCCACAGUUACAGAGAUCGUGCCUGAUCUGCUGAAUGCGGAUCAGAAAGCCCAGCUCCUCUUAGGACUUAGAUCCCGGGUGGUUCUUGAACUGUGCCGAACUGAGCAGAUAACAGACACAGAAACCAUCGAGAUGCACCUGGAACGGAUCAAGGCUCUUAUUUCCACUUGGGCAGCACAGCCAUGUUUUGCAGAGGUUGAGUUUCCAGAAUCGAACUUUGUGGAUCAAGUUGAAUUGUUGUUGAAAGAUCCAGAAGAGAAAGAGAAGUUUUAUCAGGAUGUUUUCCCGUUGGACUUUGGGCCUGAAUACGACGGCGCUCUACAGAUGCUGAUGCUGGAUUUUCUGUCCAGACUAGAGAAACUUCUCCCGGUACCAGACAUCCAGCAGACUGCUUCUAUGCUCAGUGCCGUCCCGUCUGCCCUGGAGGAGUGUGUGCAUUCGGUUCCUGACCCGCUGCAUCUGAGAACUGUCCUCCAGUACCACACAACACUCGGACAUUUUGAUUUGUCUGAUGACACUCAAACCAUCCCUUCUUCCUUUGGGAAUUGCAUCCUCUCUUCACUGUCCUUGCCUCAGCUGGAGAAGGUUGUAAUUGAUGCAGACCAAAUGCAGCUGCAGCCCCAGUCGGAGCAGAUGCAGGGUUGUGUGACGGUCCAGGUGGAAGGAGAAACAGUGACUCUGCUGGACUACAUACAGCUCGAGCAGCCGUCGGCUUUGGUUGAGGCUGACGAUCACGAAGAAAACGAAUCAGCUAUGGAGGAAACCACAGUGGAUCCAUCAAGUGAGGACGUCGGCGACGCUUUAAAACCAGCAGUUUUCCAACCACUGAAGCAAAGCAAGAGGCUUCAGUUAAAGCGAAAAGCUUUAAAGGACAAAGACUCUGCGACAGCAAAGAGGCAAAGAAAGAAAUACUCCAACAAUAAGACGUGUCCUGUGUGCAGCAAAAGCUUUCUGAGAGCUGCAGCCAUGAGACGGCACCUGGAAAUUCACUCCGCGAAUCGGGAUCUCAGGUACAAAUGCUCCAACUGUGACAAGCGAUUUAGGGACCAUUACGACAUGAACAGACACAACAUGCGUGUUCAUGAAAAGGAGGAGACCGGUAACAAUGGGAAGGAGGAAGAUUCUGCAGAUCCUAGCACUUCAGAGGUGGCAGAUAACAAAAACUGCGUUCUUUGUGGGAAGUACUUUGCCCGUCGAGUGGACAUGGAGCGACACAUGAAGUCCCACUCGGAGGACCGGCCGUAUAAAUGUUCUUUCUGCGAGAAGAAGUUCAAGAACCCCUAUGUCUUAAAGAGGCACCAGAGGGAGAUCUGCAAGAGCAGAGAGAAGAGACCUAAAAGGAGAGACGUGCAGCGGUCGAGUCCACAGCCGCCUGCCGAAACGUCCACGGAGGGGAAGGUCUGUCCCAUCUGCAGCAGGGUCCUACCCUGCACCGCCGACAUCGCGAAGCACCUACGAUCUCACUCAGAGGAGCGUCCCUUCAUCUGUAUCACCUGUGAGAAGGGCUUCAAGUACAAGGACACGCUGAAGAAGCAUCAGAUCAUUCACGGCCACGAGGGGAUCCGGGAGGAGGAGAGCAAGAGCGUGGAGGAGAUCCUGGCUGAAGCGGACGCUCACAACGGCGACGAGGACUGUGGCCUCGACGAAGCCGAGAGUACCGCGGUGACGGAAGCAGCAUCGGUGCCCAAAGUCAGCAAGAAGGCCCUCAAAAUGUGUCCCGUGUGUUCCCGGGCGUUCGACAAUGUCAAAACCCUGAACCGCCACGUGCAGUGUCACACGGACGACCGUCCGUAUCACUGCGUCCACUGCAAGAAGCGCUUCAAGCACAUGCACGGCCUGAAACGGCACCAGAUCUACGCCAUCUGCCACAAGAAGAUCUCCAGGUUCUCCUGGAAGAGGGAGCUGAGGGCCGGGCCCAGCCACAGCGACGGCACCGCCGCUGACGCCCAGCAGGGGGCGCCGCUGAAGAUCCCCGUGUGGUGUUCCAACUGCGGCAAGCACUUCGAGCAGCUGUCUGCCCUGAAGGAACACCAGGACAACGUCUGCAAAGUGGAGCUGGGGGAAGCGAUGAAGUGCAACGACUGCGGCAAGGAGUUCAAGAGCAUGACCAUGCUCAAGGUGCACCAGAGGAUUCACGACCCGCUCUACUGCAAAGAAUGUGGCAAGAUCCUGGCCAGCGAGCCGGCCUUCGAGAGGCACAAGCUCAUGCACCGGCCCAUGCAGUGCACCAUGUGCGACAAGAGCUUCACGCUGCUGAGACGCCUGAGGGAGCACUACGAGAAGCAGCACGGCUUCAGCGGGCCCUACCCCUGCCCGCAGUGUGACAAGACCUUCGUCCAGCUGUCCUACCUCGCCAUCCACCAGAGGAUCCACAAGGGCGAGUUCCCCUACGUGUGCGACAUGUGCCCCGAGAAGUUCCGCUCGUCCAACUGCCUCACGGUUCACCAGCGGAAGCACACGGGCGAGAAGCCCUUCCUGUGCUGGCAGUGCGGCAAGUGCUACCGCUCGGCGUCGGAGCUCACGGUCCACAUGGGCACGCACUCCGAGGAGCGGCCGUGGGCCUGCACGCAGUGCGACAUGGCCUACCGCACCAAGGUGCAGCUCACCAACCACGUGGAGCAGGUGCACAUCGGCGUCCGCUACCCCUGCGACCGCUGCGGCAAGCAGUUCAUGAAGGAGACGUCCCUGAAGAGGCACGAGCUGAUCCACACGGGGGAGAGACCUCACCAGUGCACGGUGUGCGGCAAGACCUUCCUGACGGCCAACGAGCUGCGGCUGCACAACCGCUACCACACGGGCGAGCGGCCGUACAAGUGCGAGGUGUGCGGCAAGGCCUUCAUCCAGUCGGGGUACCUGAAGUCGCACAUGCGCAUCCACACGGGGGAGAAGCCCUUCAAAUGUGACGUGUGCGACAAGGGCUUCCGCCUGUCGUAUCACAUGAAGAAGCACCGGCGCACGCACUCGGGGAAGCAGAAGAACUACAUGUGCGAGGCGUGCGGCGUGGCCUUCCUGCAGAAGAGGUCCCUGUGGGAGCACGCGCUCACGCACAGCGUCAAGACGGAGCCGCCGUUUGCCGACGAGUUCCAGUGAGAAGCCGGCGCUUUGCUUUUGUUUGACUUUUCUGUAUUCACACAUUGUGAGACGUUUGUAAGAGAAACGAAAGCCAAUUAAGAAGUUCUGCCUUUUGAAAUAAACAAGCUUUGAAUGUAA